AUGGACUCGGACGCCAGCCUGGUCUCCAGCCGCCCGUCCUCCCCGGAGCCGAUGAGCUCGUUCCUCGCGGGCCCGGAAAUCAAUGGCGGCGGCGGAGGAUGGAGUGAGGCGGCGGGGGCCUUCACGGGCGGCACCGUGUCCAGCUCGACGCAGAGCGAUUCGCCGCCGGAAGCUGAGCGCCGAGCUGCGCAAGCGCCAAUGAGCGCCGCGGGGGUGGUGGUGGUGGACAAGCUGGGCUUCAAGUCCUCGUCGUCGUCGGCCUCGUCGGCCUCGUCCGCCUCUUCCAAGAAGGACAAGAAGCAGAUGACGGAGCAGGACCUGCAGCAGCUGCGUCUCAAGAUCAACGGGCGCGAGCGCAAGCGGAUGCACGACCUCAACAUCGCCAUGGACGGGCUGCGGGAGGUGAUGCCCUACGCGCACGGCCCCUCGGUGCGGAAGCUCUCCAAGAUCGCCACGCUGCUGCUGGCCAGAAACUACAUCCUGAUGCUCACCAACUCCCUGGAGGAGAUGAAGCGCCUGGUCAGCGAGAUCUACGGCGGCCACCACGCCGCUUUCCACCCCGCCGCCUGCCCCGCCGGCAUGGGAGCUCACUCGGCGCCGCUGCCCGCCCACCCGGGCCACCCCGCCUCGCAUCCCGCGCACCACCCCAUCCUGCCCCCCGCCGCCGUCUCCAGCGCUUCUCUGCCCGGCUCCGGCCUCUCGGCCGUCGGCUCCAUCCGCCCCCCGCACGGCCUCCUCAAGUCGCCCUCGGCCGCCGCCGCCGCUCCGGGGCUGGGGGGCGGCUUCCAGCACUGGGGGGGGAUGCCGUGCCCCUGCAGCAUGUGCCAGGUGGCGGCCCCCCCUCACCACCACGUCUCGGCCAUGGGCGGCGCCGCGCUGCCCCGCUUGGCCUCGGACGCCAAGUGAGCCCGUCCCGCAGGGCCGCCCCAGCACCUACGGAGCGCCCCGACGGCGAGGCCGGCCGGGAGGAGCCGCCCGCAGCCCGGCGGCCGUCCGCGCGUCUCUCCCUUCGCUCGGGCCGAAGAGCGAACGCAGCCGGCGGGCCGGAGGAACCCGACGCCGAGGACUUUGGCAGUCCGUCUGCCCGGCCGUCUGUCCGUCCGCGGCCACAGGGGACCGUCCCCAUCCCCCACGCCCACCCCCCUACCCCCCUCCGCUCCCGCUCCGAUCUCCCUCCGUCGGUUUUGUGUCUUUCGGGCUUUGUACAUAGACCCCGCUCCGAGCCCCGUCCGAGCGCUGCGCCGUGUCACAGCCCCGCGGCCGCCGCGCUGCCCUCGGUCCGGUCCGGUGGGGUUCGGUGGGGGGUCGGUUUUUUGAUUUCUCCAGUUUUUUAAAGCGUAUAACACAGUUCGCGUCCCCGCCGCCUCUAACCACGUUGGAAGUCCGUAAUGCUCUCUGUGUCCGUGUCGCAGUCCCGAGCCCCGGGCUCUGCCCAGCAGUAACACUUUUCUUAUCGCCGCCCCCUGCAGAGAUUUUAUCGUCUGUUUAUUUUUGUAAAAAAGAAAAAGGAAAAAAAGAAAAAAAAAAAA